AUGAUGUUAGGUCGAUAUGCACAUAAUAAUGCAGCACUUCGAUGUGUUACAUUUUCUUUACGAAUGCUUCAACGACCUUCAUCUUCAUUUAGUCAAACUGCUCCCUUUAUUUAUACAUUCAAAAAACAAACGAAUAUUGUUCCAAUCGCCUCGUUAAACAAUUCCAUAUCGCAUUUUGGUUGCCGUUCAUUUUCACUAUCAACAUCUCGAUUAUCGAGUGUCGUUCAAUUUAAAUUAGCUGAUAUUGGUGAAGGUAUACAAGAAGUUGAAGUUAAAGAAUGGUAUACAAAAGUUGGUGAGCAUGUUAAACAGUUCGAUAAAAUUUGCGAAGUCCAAUCUGAUAAAGCAAAUGUAACAAUAACAUCUCGUUAUGAUGGGAAAAUUUUAAAACUUUACUAUAAUGUUGGUGAUACAGCUAAAGUUGGUGAACCACUUGUUGAUAUUAAACUUGAACAAGGAAAUAAUAUACCAGUUGAAACUAAAAUUUCAUCUGUAACUCCUGAAGAACCAGUGGAAGUCGAAGUAUUCAAUAAGACUCCAUCAGUAAAUCUUUUGGCUACACCUGCUGUUAGACGAAUGGCUAAAGAAUUACAAAUUUCAUUAAAUGAUGUUCAAGGUACAGGAAAAGAUGGUAGAAUUUUAAAAGAAGAUUUAUUAAAUUAUAAAUCUGAAACGUCAUCACCAUCAGCAAAAGCAAUGUCAACACCAUUAAAAUCAACUCCAAUCAGUCCACCACCCUCUCCAAUAACAAUGAAACAAACCCCAACAAUUAAAACUCAACCACCAUCAACAACUCCAGUUGCCGAUCGAAAUGAACCAAUAAAAGGCAUUCGUAAAGCAAUGGUUAAAACUAUGACUCAGGCUAAUACCGUACCCCAUUUUACAUACUCUGACGAGUAUGAUAUGACAGAAUUGGUCAAAUUAAGACAACAAUUAAAAAAACAAAGCAAAGAUAUUAAAAUAUCUUAUUUACCAUUUAUAAUAAAAGCAUGUUCACAAGCUUUAAAUAAUUAUUCGAUUCUUAAUGCUCAUGUUGAUGCUAAAUGUGAAAAUAUUACGUACAAAGGUUCGCAUAAUAUUGGUAUUGCAAUGGAUACCAAAGAUGGAUUACUAGUACCAAAUAUUAAAAAUGUUCAACAGUUAUCCAUAAUGCAAAUUGCUAAUGAACUUAAUCGUCUACAACAACUUGGAAAAGUCGGAAAACUAUCAACAACGGAUCUGACAGGAGGAACUUUUUCGUUAUCGAAUAUUGGAGCUAUUGGUGGAACAUAUGCAGUACCUGUUCUUCUUUUGCCUGAAGUAGCUAUUGGUGCCCUUGGAAAAAUAGCGCGACGAGUAGUUCCAGAUGAAGAUGAUGAUGAAAACUCUUCAUCAAGCUCAAGUGAUGAUGAUUAUUGUUCCUGUCGUGUUCGUUCCAUUAUGACUGUUAGUUGGUCAGCUGAUCAUCGUGUGGUUGAUGGAGCUACAAUGGCUCGGUUUUCGAAUGAACUCAAAUAUUUACUUGAAAAUCCACUUCAGCUUCUUAUAAGCCAAUAA